AUGACAUCCGCGAAGUUAAAACGGCUGUACGACGAGCUCCAUCAAGUGGAAGCAGGGACACAUCCGAAAUAUGUUGAAAGGCUGAAGCAAAUCGAAGAGCUCUAUGAAGAACAAAAGGAACGCGAGCAGAUAGCUCACGAGCUUGCUCUCGAAAGAAUAGACUACGAGUAUAAGCGACGGAAGCAACAAACGCAAGAUGAACUGGAGAAGAAGGAGAAAGAACUUAUUCAAUCGAUGCUGGCCGACUUAGAUGAGAUGGAAAAACGGAUAGAAUGGGAGUAUACGAACAUGGAUGUGUCACGUACCGGAAGUGUCAAUAUCGUGGAUUCCACGAAGAAGACACUACGCGGCCGUGGCGGGGUUCUGAUCGAACCACCGACGUAUUUCAAUGCAACGCCGAAACCGACCACACCGAAUAUCACGCCUGACACUAGAUAUCUUCUGACGGAUUCUCAAAUUGCUGAGGACGUGCGAGCUUUCACAGGAGGCCAAAGUAGUCCUCAAAAGAACCAGCGAUUGUUUGAAGUGAUUCUAGUCAAGCAGAAACUCACCUAUGAUGGAAAAGUCUACAAACAAGGCGAAGAAGUGCACGUGGAGAAUACAGAAUAUGGGAAGUUCCCAGCAAAGAUGGACUGUAUUACGGAUACUGUAGUGUCAUUCAAAUCAACGUUGCCUUGGGAUACAAGGCAAAUUCAUGCUUCAUACUCGGAUUUGACUGAAGGACGGGUGCAAAUAUCAAAGAAAAGAAGUAACUAA